CAAACUCAAUCAUUCCUCUUUCUCGUUUCUUUCUUUUUCUCUCUCUGAAACCCUUUCUCCAAAUAUUGUUACCGGUAACCGAAGUCGGUGACAGAAAAAGGAUCCGAUGACAACCGCUGCUAGACCAACAUGGGCACCUGCUAAAGGUGGCAACGAACAAGGUGGUACUCGAAUUUUCGGUCCCUCUCAAAAGUACUCCUCAAGAGAUAUCGCAUCGCACACCACUCUCAAACCAAGGAAAGAAGGGCAGGAUACACAGGAUGAAUUAAAGCGAAGGAACCUACGUGAUGAACUGGACGAACGUGAACGGAGGCACUUCUCAUCCAAAAAUAAAUUUUAUAAUGAUGACAGGGAUCAUGGUAAGGGCAGCCAUCUGUUUUUGGAAGGAACAAAAAGAGAUAUUGACGAUCACAUCGUUGCACGCAGUGUUGAUGCAGAUGAUUCUGAUGUUGACGUCAAAAGUGAUGAUGAUGAAAGUGAUGACGACGACGACGAUGAGGAUGACACUGAAGCUUUGCUGGCAGAGCUUGAACAAAUUAAGAAGGAAAGGGCAGAGGAAAAGCUGCGCAAGGAACGACAACAACAAGAGGAAGAUCUUAAAGUAAAGGAGGCAGAGCUUAUGCGUGGAAACCCGUUGCUAAAUAAUCCGACAUCUUUCAAUGUGAAAAGAAGGUGGGAUGAUGAUGUGGUGUUCAAAAAUCAAGCCCGUGGUGAAACCAAGCUAGCUAAGCGAUUCAUCAACGACACCAUCAGGAAUGAUUUCCACAGGAAAUUCCUUCACAGAUACAUGAAGUAAGUCCUUAAGUCAGAAGCCUGAGUUGUUUGGAGUCUGAAGAAACUUGCAGUCUGUAUCAAAAUGUAUUAUUAACUGUUGAUGGAUGGAGACAUUGAUAUUUUCUUAUCUGUAAUUGAACAUAACUCAUAAUUGUAGUAACUUCGUCUAUGCAUGUUAAUGCCACUUGGAUUUAAGAAUCCUACUGUUUCAAUCUCACCCUUUAUGAUUAGGUGUGCCAUUCACCUU